GAAGAACAGUGGAAAAAUUAAAAUAAUCUCAUAGCGAGCACCUGGUGGCGCCGGAUGCCAAGAGUGCCUCCAGCGGGCCGGUGAGCCAAGCAGCGCCGCUCGCAUCACCAGUUGGUCUCUGCCAGUCUCCGAGAAGAGUCGCAACCAUGAGGAAUAAGGCGUUGUUGUCCUUACUGAUGGCCAUGAUGGUGCUGUUUGCCCGCACCUCGGCCUGGGAUAUCUUUGAUGAUGAUGAUGACGAUGAUGAUGAUGAUGAUGACGACGACAUUGAUGAUGAUGGUGAUGAUGACGACGAUGAUGAUGAUGAUGACGACGACGGGGACGGGGAUGAUGACGACGACGACGACGACGACGGGGACGGGGACGACGACGAUGAAGAUGAUGAAGAUGAUGAAGAUGACGAUGAAGAUGAUGGUGAUGAUGAGGAUGAUGAGGAUGAUGAGGAUGAUGAUGGCGAUGAUGAUGAAGACGAUGAGGAUGAUGAUGGUGAUGAUGAUGACGAGGAUGAUGAUGGUGAUGAUGAGGAUGACGACGAUGAUGACGACGAUGAUGAUGAUGAUGAAGAGUAACUCCCAAAUAUUAUUAAAAUCAGUUAAUUAUACAAAAUAAAAUUAAUUGUAAAAAUUCAACAACAUCUCCCAAGAAUGUUCUGUUUGUGACGUCACGAGCCCGAACAAGGGAUGUGGAGUUAAGCAAAAAAACGAAUUAAUAUCAAAAACUAACAAAUGAUCUUAUUAAUAUCACUAUUAUUAUUUUUGUCUUGUUCUCGUCGUUCUUUCGUUGUUUAGGUAAUCGUCAUUUUAUCUGUCUCAUCUUUAAACUAACGCCAGUGGAUUGAAGUCACCGUUAUUUAGUUUUCUUUUAUUGUUUAUAUGAAAAAAGAACGUCAAAGAAAAUGGGAAACUGGAAGACUACCGGAGACUAGCAUCGGACGGUCAACUUCCCAGAUCAGCUGAUCUUUAACAUCAAUCAAAUAAAGAAUAAUGAAUAAGAAGAACACCAAACAUAAAAACAAUAAAAAAUGGAACAACAACAACAGGAAUAUAAGAUCAUUUCCUAAAAGAAAAGGGUGACUUACCACUCGUUCGCUCGUCUCUCUUCUUUUGUUUAAGAUAUAAGAUAGCAAGAGAUAAAAAAGGAAAGAUACUUCAACAAUCUGCCUCGCUAUCAGCCGAGCCCAAAAAUGAUUCAUAACUCUUCAAAAAAGAAUUAUAAAUUAUUAGGGAGAUGUCUAAAUAGACGAGUUAAGAGGUUUAGAAGUUUCUUGACCAUAAAUAAGAUAAUAUCCAGGUGAAAAGCACCGCCGGACUCAUGAGCCAAGUGUGUGCUCGCUAUUUUGUACUAUCAAUAAAUAUUAUAAAAAAAAA